UGGGAACCAUGCCCAAGCCAAGUUGCUUAGUUGUUUGCCAAGUGUCGAUAUUGGGUCAUAAGAGAUUUUAAAGGCAACCAGAGCAAGACUCUGAAUGCCCAAGAAACAUUAGUGAUGGGGAUUAGGGAUCUGAAAGGAAACAUGAGCAGACUCAAGGGAAGAUAUUUAGCAGAGUUUGUGGGGAAGAGGUGCUAUAAGAGAUUUAGAUAUUAGAAAGAGGUUGGAAAAGAUCUGUGAUGUUUUGAUGCUGUAGUUUAAAUGUUCUUUGAUGGACUCAACAUAAAUUUUGGAAAGAAUCUAAUUUUUAGGGAAAAUGAAAGAGCAAAAGAUUCACAAAGUAAAUUCUCCAUCCAGUUCAAGUGAAGGAGAACUCCAAUCAACCAAAGGAUUUGUUCCUCUUGAAAUAGAGGAAGUACUCAUGCUUCAGAAAGGGACAAGUUUGCAUCAAUCAAUCUUCCAACAAAGUUAUUUCUACCUUCAAAGCAAUAUAAAGGAUAUCUUCAGGCAUAAAUGCCAUUUUCUCAUCAGCACUUUAUCAAUCUUCAUCGUAGUUCUGAUGUGUUUAGUUGUUAAUUCAGUUAUCGACAAAGCCCCUAUAAUCUUCCUCAGAUUGGCAGAAAAGAACUCAGGAGAAAUAGAUGCCUUCAUCACACCUUCUCGGGGUGUAAAGACAGUUGGAAAAGGGCAGGACUCUAGACAAGUGAUGGCCACGCUGAACUACACAGCUGUGAUGGAGGAACUUCCUGAUAUCAACUUCACGCCAAGAAACUUACUAAGGACUGAUCUUCAGAAAAUUGGCACCAAUAGGCCACCUGAGCUCAACCAUAAUGUGAUGUUUAUGGAUACCGACAGAGAAAGACAGAUAAGCCUUGGUAGGAAUUACAAGUUCCCUAAGCUAAAGAAGGAUGAAUGAGUCAUGUCUAAGAAACUCAUGGAUGAAAAUGGUUUCCAGCUGAAUGAGAGAACUAUUUUGAUCUUUGAUGCUACUCAGCAUCUAAAUAUCUUAGCUACUAAGAUGUUCGUAAAUUCUUCAUUUCCAGUUGUAGACUUCUCCGACGCUCCACUAAUUCCAUUAGAAUGAACCAUUAAAUACGUCUUGAAGGAGCCACUUGGAAAAAUGGAUGACUACCUUAUUGAAGACAUCAUUAUUCUUGAAUAUGAAUACAUGUUUGAAUACAUAAAGGAUUCACUCAAGGUGUUGCUUUCUCAAGAAGAAUAUAAAUUCGUCCCUAAAGCUACAAAGGGAAUUAUUUUUGACUUCCUUGAGACACAGAGUCCUUAUGAUUAUGCAUCAAUACUUCUGAUGACUUUCCCAGAGCCAAGGCUGAACUAUUACAAGAAUCCAGACUAUAACAAAUUACUUGAGGCUUCGCUUUAUGAAAUGACUUCUAUUUCACAGGAGUUGGGGUAUUAUACGGUUGACAUUAAACUUCCACUGCUAGGACAGCUUCAAGCUUUCAACUUGGCAAUAUUGUUUAUGGCCCUUCUCUUCUCGAUGAUUCUUGCCUUAUUCGUUGUCAUUAGUAUCAUCCUGAUAUAUGGUCUCCUGUUAGUCAACGUUCAGCAGAAAAGUUUUGAAAAUGGAAUCAAAAGAAUGGUCGGAUCCUCAAAGUUUGGCCUAAUUAAAGAUGUAAUUAUCCAGACAUUCUGUUUCUCAACUCCUGGUAUAAUUUUUGCAUUCUUCUGAUCGUUCUUCGUACUGAGGGCUAUUUACUACUUUGAAUUUGAGAAGAAGCUAAAUUUAAAAAUGGACCCGAAUCCGACAUACUUCGCUAUCAUCAACGCCAUUAUACUAGGAUUGGUAAUCCCAUUCAUUAGUUCUUUGAUUCCUAUAAAGGCUGCUUUAUCAAAGAAUCUUAAUGAUGCCCUAGAUUUUGAGCAUUCUCAGACAAAAGGAGUGAUUGUGAAGAUAAUCGAUCCUUCGAAUAAAAAUUUAGGAAUCGUGCUCAUCUUCGGUGUUAUUUCUACUAUCUACGGAAUUACGAUAUAUGUACUCCUGCCUCAGUGCCUUAUGGCUCUUGAUUUUGGAACAAUCCUCGCGAUUUUCUUCCUGAUCCUGAUAGGUCUCCUGCUUGGGCUUAUCCUCAUCACCAUGAAUCUACAGUAUGUUAUUGAGGUUGGGAUCACAAAGAGUUUGUUCUGGUGGGAAAGAAGCUUCAUCAGAAUCUUGAUCCUUAAAAAUUUGAUCGCUCACAGAGUCAGAAAUGCAUCAACAACGCUAGUGUAUGCUUUAUCCCUGAGUUUCUUGAUAUUGUGUGUAGUUUCGUAUAGCUUGCAAAUCCAAAAUGCCACACUCAUUAAGACCAGAUUUUGGAAUGACAUCAGAGUUGGAGGGUCCUGGGGUGUUAAUGUCUAUGAAAUAGAACCAUUUAUUGCCCAAAAUUCUGAAAAGAUCAAAGAUUUCGGAUACAAGAGUCACAGUAUGAACGGAUGGGUCUUUAGCAAUAUGUACGCAACUCCUAAUUCGAGGUAUUUCUCUCAGCCAAUCCAGCUGAUAGCAAUUUCUCCUACACUCUUUGACUCAAUGAGGCAAGAUUAUAUUGAAAUAAACUAUGCUAGUGACUCUGCAUUAUCUCUGAGUGAACAGCUCUACACUAAAGAAGGAGCUCAUGGAGCUGGGAUCGGUUCUUAUUUUGCUAAGAAAAUGCAUAUCUUUACAGACAAAGGAGAGGAUCAUAAUUCAUUUCUGUUAAACGUCCAAUACUUUGACGAUAAUUCUCAGAACUUCUUCUUUAAAUUCAAAACAGAUUUCAUCUUGGAUGCAGUUCCAGGGAUAAAACUUGGGAAAAGGAAACUUACCAGAAAUAUUGAAAUACUCGUUUCUUUUCCUACAAAAGAGUUUAUAUACAGAAAGGCACGCCCUGAUAUGCAUAGCUUCCAUGUGAAGUAUUGAUUCCUGACUCUCACAGAUCCAAAAUAUGCAGAUUAUGUUAUAGAAAAUCUAAAGAGCUACACUCGUGUGAUGUCGGUCUAUGAUGCUGAAAAGGACAUCCAAGAAGUUAAAGAGAUCUUAGAUGUCAUCUUCAAUGUGAUAAUUUCUCUUAGUAUGUUCUUAUGUCUCUUCUCCUUGAUCUCUUCUGCAUCAGCUAACAUGAUGGAACAGACAAAAGAGAUAGGAGUUUUGAGAGCGAUAGGUUUCACAAAGUUCAUGAUUAAAAGACUGUAUUUCUACGAGACUUUCGUCUUGGUAUUCGCAAGUUCAUGUCUAGGAAUCAUAGUAGGGACAUUUGUAGGCUGGACUAUGACCGUACAACAGGCAGAGUUCAUCUCCAUCCCCAUUUCAUUCUACUUCCCGUACAAGCACUUACUUGGGGCAUGAUUUGCAUCAGUGAUCUGUGCAUUUGUAGCUAUAUAUAGUCCGACUUCAUUCAUUCUGUCGAAACAAAUCUCAGAAAUAUUCAGAAUUAAUUAGUUGACUUUCAGAUUUCAAU